AUGGACGUGCUGAGGUUCGUGCGCGCCGCCGCGCCGCCGCAGCAGCCUCUGGUGGCGCCGGCCUCGGUGCCGCCCCCGUCGGCGGCGGCGAUGUCGGCGCAGCGCCAGCGGCAGCCUCUGCACCAGCCGCAGCGCGCCGCGCUGCACGCGCCGCUGCUGCGCAUGUGGCCGUGUGGCGGGGGAGACAGACCGCCGCCCCCGGCCGGCGCCUCCGUUCGCGGCGCGGAGCCGAGGAGUCCUCCGCCCGAUGAGGAGCGGAAGGCGGAGGGGGACGAGCGGAGGCAGGGCGGCAACUGGGUGCUGCAGAUGCUGCGGGUGCAACCGCGGUGGGUGGAGGCGGCGGACGCGGAGGCCACCGGCGGCGGCAGCGGCGGCCAGGAACCGGAGGAGGAACCGAAGGCGGCGGCUACUGAGGCUGCGGCUCCCGCAGGUGGCCUCGAGGAGUGCGCCUCCUGCGGCGGCAACGGCGGCGGCGGGGAAAACGACGAAGGCUGCGCCGUGGGGUACGACGACGAGGAGGUGUUCGACCGCGCGUCGUUCUCGCGGCUGCUGCGGAAGGCGUCGCUCCGGGAGGCUAAGGAGUACUCCAUGAUGUCCUACCUCUGCAACAUCGCCUAUAUGAUCCCCAGAAUUCAGCCAAAAUGUCUUCGGAGAUACAAUUUGCGGUUUGUGACAUCGUCAAUGCAAGACAUGGCCGGAACUAACCCUGAUCAGAAGCAGGAGCUUAGCACUAAGAAAGAUGAAUCUGGGGAUCAAGCACCUGAAGCUGUCGACAGUGCGGUGCCAGCUAGCCAGGGGGAAAGAAGUGGCCUAGGGAUUAACCCCUUUGGUGCAUACCAUGUAGUGUCUUCCGCUGCCGCUUAUUUGCAUUCCCGGGCCAUGGGCAUUAUGCCAUUUGGUCCUGGGAAUGAUGUCAAGGAUGAUCCGACCAUCAUGGCAUUCGUGAGUGGCGAGAGCAGUGACGGGUUGAGCUUGAACGAAGCCUCAUUCGUGGCCACAACAAAUUCGGUAACCUCCAUGGUUGCCGCCAAGGAAGAGACACGGCAAGCCGUUGCAGAUGAUCUGAAUUCUUCAAGAUCUUGUCCUUGCCAGUGGUUCGUCUGUGAUGAUGAUCAAAACAGCACAAGAUACUUUGUGGUUCAGGGCUCAGAAUCAAUUGCUUCUUGGCAGGCCAACCUUUUAUUUGAACCUGUCAAAUUUGAGGAACUCGAUGUGCUCGUUCACAGGGGCAUAUACGAAGCUGCCAAGGGGAUGUAUCACCAGAUGCUACCCUACGUGAAAGCCCACUUGAAGAGCUGUGGUAGAUCCGCACGGCUGCGGUUCACUGGGCACUCCCUCGGCGGGAGCCUGGCUCUGCUUGUGAACCUGAUGCUGCUGAUGCGAGGGGAGGCGCCUGCAUCGUCGCUGCUGCCCGUGAUAACGUUCGGCGCGCCAUGCAUCAUGUGCGGCGGCGACCACCUGCUCCGCCGGCUCGGGUUGCCGCGGAGCCACGUGCAGUCGAUCACGAUGCACCGGGACAUAGUGCCCCGGGUGUUCUCCUGCCACUACCCUGACCAUGUCGCCAACGUCCUGAAGCUUGCCAACGGGAAUUUCCGCAGCCACCCGUGCCUCACAAACCAGAAACUCCUGUACGCGCCGAUGGGGGAGGUGCUGAUCCUGCAGCCGGACGAGCGGCUCUCCCCGCACCACCACCUGCUCCCGCCGGACAGCGGCAUCUACCACCUGGCCGGCGGCGGGGCGUCGGCGUCGUCGGCGUCGGCGUCCGGCGACGACGGCUUGCUGUCGCAGCAGCUCCGGUCCGCGCUGUCGGCCUUCUUCAACUCGCCGCACCCGCUGGAGAUCCUCAAGGACGGCGCCGCGUACGGUCCCCGGGGCUCCGUGUACCGCGACCACGACGUGAACUCGUACCUCCGGUCCGUGCGCGCCGUGGUCCGCAAGGAGGCCCGGCGCGCGCGGGAGGCGGAGGUCGAGCGGGGGCGGUGGCGCCUGCUCCUGUGGUGGCCGUUCGGCGUCCACGGCGUGUCGUCGUCGUCGUCGGGCUCCUCGGGGCGGCGGCGCGGGGGCGGGGGCCUCGUGGACGCCGUUGGCGAGGCGGCCAGGCGCGCACACCUGCUGGUGGUGGUGCUGCUCCCCGCGGAGCUGCUCGCGCUCGGCGCGCUCCUGGCCGUUAUUAGAUUCAGGUGA